AUGGCACCUCGAAUCCAGGCCAAAGACCUUCAGAGGCAGGGAAUCAAUAUCAAGUACGAAUACGCCGACGAUGUAUCGGCUCUAUUCCCAAAUGCCGACCCAAAAGUCGAUGAAUACGCUGGAAAGAUUGAUGACAUAAUGCAAAAUACCGUCGAAAACCUGUUUCAUGUCCCCGAAGACGAACCAUUCCGCAAAGUAUUUGAAUACUGUUUGUACAAAAUACACAGACGAAGCCAAUCUAUGUUUUCUAGCACAGUUCAGGAUACGGCGGCUAAAAGCUCCCAAGAACAAAAGAAUCCGAAGAAAGCACAUAAUGACGGGGUCCCGCGAAGUGAAUGGCAGAUACUUCCGGACUUCUUUAGUGAGGUUUCGAGGUGUUUGAAUAAAAUCGAUAAAAACAUCGGUUACAAAGUCCACUGCACGCAUCGAAGGGGAUUCAGGGUACCGUUAGGCAAAAGUUGCUUUCAGAGAACAGACUGCGGCCAAUACAUCGAAGUGAUUAGGGGGGGUAUUCUGAAAGCAUUCACUCGGUGGCCUAUAAAGGCUGCUUUUUAUACCACGCAUCUAGGACCUGGCUCGGCAGAAGACCACCUUGCUGGUGAAAUUCUGUCUCUGGUUGCUCAAGUAUCCUUCAACUUUGAAAACGACCCUACAAUUGUCGAGGGUGACCAAGAAUGCUUUUGCAUAACCCUUCACGGGCAGUAUGUUCACUUUUCAACAACCAUCAUUCCGGAUAAAUACAUCAAGUACCACAAUUCUGGAAAGCCGCUUAAAGAGUUAGAGGAGGUUAAAGUCAUUCUUUCUCCGGAAUACGAUCUUACGAAGGCAGAAGAUAGAUUUCAUAUCGUUUGGGGAUUUGUUGCGCUUUAUAUGCAUCUGAAUCCAGUAUCGAAAAGGCAAAUGAAGGUGAAGGGAAUUUUGAAAGCAUCGACAGUGGACGUAAAGGAUAAAGUCAAGGAUGAACUAGCCCAGAAACUCAGGUCUUUAGAUCUAUCGAAAUAG